GAACCUGUGAAAAAUAAAGUAAUUGCUUACAUUUGACAGUUUUGUCUUCAGGCCACAAACGGGCCGGAACAGACGAGCCGCGGUGAAUCGAGCACAGAUAAUUACAGACACACGGUGGAGAGGAGGCACGGUUUGAGUGGCAGCCGUGAUGCGCUCUGUCAUUGGCCGGAUUUGGAUCAGAUGCUGUUUGGACACGCCCACAUCCUCCAUGCUGGCCAAUCGGCCGCACAGAGAAUUACACAGAGGGCGGGGUUUGAUCUGUGUGAGUGUGCGGGGGGUUCCUUCCACCCCAGCCCGGCGUGCCUGGUAUAAAAAGCAGGAUCCUGCUGCGAGUCAGUUGGGGAAAUAUCUAUGUUCCUUCACGGCGGGUGGUGAGCGCGAACCUGAGAAGACUUGGUUUAUUCAUCCAGCAGGAAGCCAAGAAAGCGUUUCCUCAGGUUAAUCUCGUGUUCCAGAUCAGACACUUUAACAAACAAAACACCAAGCCUUAACAACCCCACCUGCCACUCCACUGUAACCAAGCCGACCUAAAAGCCUUCAAAAUGAUGCAGAUCACUAGCGACUCCGCCAGCAACAAGCACUCCCUCAUCAACGUCAUGCACCGCUUCAUAGCGGCUGCCAACAACAUGGACGAGACCAUCAUGGUGCCCAGCCUACUGCGAGACGUGCCGCUAGAGGAGCAGGCGGCCAGCGAGGUGGAGACCAACAACAACAAUGAACCCCCGUGUCCCAACAAGCAGCGGGACAUGUACGAGCACUACCUGCUCCUCAAGUCCAUAAAGAACGACAUGGAGUGGGGACUGCUGAAGAGGGAGAUGAGCAGCGGUGCCAGCUUCCUGGAGAUGGCAGUGAAGCAGGAGGAGCAGCAGCCGGUCACCGGGGAGCUGCUCCAGGGCAACAACUCGGACCUGGAGCAUCAGUUUCAUUAUCACCUCCGAGGACUGUUUGGAGUUCUGUCCAAGCUCACGAUGCAAGCAGACCAUCUCACCAACAGGUACAAGAGAGAAAUCGGCGGAGGAAACUUCAUGAGAUAGAAGUCCCCGACUGCUCCCUCCCCACCCUGACUGCUUGACUUGACAUAAUGGGAUGUGUCGAAGGGACCCAUCUCUUCAUAAUAGAUCUCAAUGGACAGUGAACUGACCAGGGCAAUCACAUUGUGACCUCUAACUCCCGUGUAGUGACACUCCCAACUUCCUCUUCUUUCCCACACCAAACAUACCUGAAACCAAUGACGCCUGCACAUGUCUACCUGAGCCUGUUCGUCAGUGCAGCAGGGGGACAUUUGUUGCUUGGUGGAGGUUAAUUGAAUCUGUUCUCGAGUCCGAAUGACGCACAGCUCUGGUUAAUGCAGAAACUUGCACUCCCUUUUUUUUUUUUGGUCUCGAUUUCAAAAUUGUCCCCAGAUCGAUACGUCUGUUUUAUGAAUAAAAGGUUUGACUGUAGGAGAUAUUGAAUGCUGGUUAUUCGUCCCUCCUUUUUUUAAAUAUAUCAAAUUAUUCUAAUGCUGAGCUGAAGGGCUCUUACCAGCAGAGGUUUUAAAUCCUUCCACUUAGUGUAACUGUAACAUGGUGUGCCUUGACUUUUGUAUUCCCUCAUGCCCUGUUCAGUUAACUCCCCAUUGUCUGUGUGCAAAUGGUUCAUCAAGGUGUGUAUGGUACAACAGCUCAUUUAAUUGUCCUAGGAUAUUUCAAAACCAAUUUUAUAUUAAAGCAGAAAUGCAGUAAAAGUGAAAUAAAUAAUUACAAACUUA